CUCUCUCUCGCCGUCCCCCUCCAUCCCUCUGCGCUGUGUGGUUGUGAGGCAGAACCUCUUCUUUGUUCAGCGGCGCUCAGCUGCCGGAGGUGAGCGGCUCCAGCUGACGCGCUUUCUUCACGCGGGGCUCGGUGUGCAGCAGGCGCCUCCUUACCGGCUUUACCAGCGGCUCCCUUCAAAACCUGCAGCAUUGUUGGAUGCGAGCCUUCGUUCUGUGGAACUGCCACCUGCUCCGUGGUCCAGCCACGCUCCCGUGGAGCUGCGUCGUCGCUCCGCAUUCCUGUGGACCACAGCGCAUCCAAGAGGUGCUGCAGGAUGCAGGGGGCACCGCCUGUGUGUGGACUGCAGCCUUUGCUGGCGCUCCUGUUGCUUCAGACUGCCGGCUGUGGUUUCACCAGUGCCGACACAAUGGUGAACAUGCGGAAGGUAACCCAUCAGACCAUCAAUGAGGAGCUCUCUAAAACCGUUCUUCUGCCCUGCUUGUUCACCCUUCGCCCCAGUGCUGGUUCAUCACAUGAGCCUCCCAGGAUCAAGUGGACAAAAGUCUGGGGGCAAAGAGGAUCUGAUGGCCUGCAGAAGGAACAGUCAGUUCUAGUUGCUAAAGAUAAUGUGGUCAAGGUGAAAAAAGCUUUCCAGAGUCGUGUGUCACUGCCUGGGUACAACAAGAACCGCUACAACGCCAGCCUUGCCCUGAGCGGACUCCGCUCUAGUGACUCAGGCCUGUACCGCUGUGAAGUUGUCGUAGGCAUCAAUGAUGAACAAGACACAGUUCCACUGGAGGUCACAGGUGUUGUGUUCCACUACCGGGCACCGCAUGACCGCUAUGCAUUGACCUUCGCUGAUGCCAAGAGGGUGUGCUUGGAGAACUCAGCAAACAUUGCAACACCUGGGCAACUGCAGGCUACCUUUGCAGAUGGCUAUGAAAACUGCGAUGCAGGCUGGCUGUCUGAUCAGACUGUAAGGUACCCAAUCCAGGCGCCACGACCUGGUUGCUAUGGUGAUCGUGAGGACUCACCUGGUGUCCGUAAUUAUGGCAAUAGGUCUCCUGAUGAGCUGUUUGAUGUCUAUUGCUUUGCCAAGCAGCUUCAAGGUGAAGUGUUCCACUCCACAGUUCCAGAGAAGCUAAGCCUUGCCACCGCCUCCACCCACUGCCAUUCCCUCGGAGCCCAGCUGGCCACUGUCGGACAGCUCUAUCUGGCUUGGCAAGCUGGCCUUGAUCAGUGUGAUCCUGGCUGGUUGGCAGAUGGCAGUGUCCGUUAUCCCAUCAAUGUUCCCAGAAAGAACUGCGGAGGGGACGAGCCUGGUGUGCGGACAGUGUACAACAACCCUAACCGCACUGGCUUCCCAGACACCGCUGCACUCUUUGACGCCUACUGCUAUCAAGCCCAUCAGCCAGCAGGGAUCCAGGCUGCAGAGCUACAAACUUUGUACCAAACUACCAGACCAGCAGCAGAGACCCAGUCUUUGGUGACUGAAACGCAGGGGACACCCCCCUGGAUUUCUUCUUGGACUGGCCCAGUUGAUACAAAAAGAGCAGCGAUCACCAACUCAGCUGAGACAUCGGAAGAGAACCUUAUCAUUGAAUUAAAGCCUUUUGAAGAUUGGCAUCAAACCAGCCAACCCAAAGAGGAUGAGUUUGAUGACUCAAAGAGUAACAACAACACUUUGAGUUCCUCUGAACUUGAAAGCAAGGAAAGUUCUGAAGGUCCAGUGUACGAGGCGAUGGGCAGCAGGUCUUACAGGACGGAUUCUGCUCCGUUAUCCAGCAUGAUUUCUCCCAGUCCCCAACCUCAGACAACUAAUAACAUUCUUGUUGAAUUUGUGAAAACUCUUAUGAGGCCUUUUAAGUACUGGACAAGAAGCAAAGAUGAUGAACCUAAACAGCCUGAUGAAAAAGAAGAACAGAAGGAGGCAUGGACAGAAUCAUUCAGUACAAGCACAAAUAUUCAAAAACCAGCUGGUAACAAGGGCAACUUAGACAAUGCUAUCAUAGAGCACAGGAGUGGCACCUUUUCACUUAGAGGUCCUUCAAGUGAAGUGGGGACCACAGAGGAGGGUCUGUCUGAGCAGGAAAAGGAGCUGCAGCCACUGAUAAAACUGGUGCCUGCUCUCCAAAAAACAGAGCAAAGUGGCACCAUCACUCAUCCGGGCGCCACCAGCGUGACCAACAACCCUCAGUCCACUCAAGAUUUUGCAUCAGCUCUGAUUGACAGUUUUUCAUCCAAUCAACUUCACAAUAUAUCAAGUCUUCUGGGCCGCAGAGAAGGAUUUGAUUUACCUACUGUUCCCAGCAGUCACGUUCAGUGGGUCACUAAGUCCAUAGAUGACUCCAAACAAGACUCUCCUAGAAAUGUGGCCCAUGUGGUCCAAGAAUCUUCCUGGCAGCCAUUGGAAGCAAAAGCAGGAUCCCUUGAGGUAAUGACCAUGGCCAACCCCCUACAACAAGACAACCUAGAAAAUUAUUCAGGUGAGGGCAAAGAGCAGGACAGCGAAGGCACUGAUUUAUCAGAAGUCAGGAGUAGAGCUGUGUCAGAAGAAGACAAAGGUGUGGAUGGAAGCGGAGAAGGAAACAACUCAUCUGAAGGUUUUGAAAUUACAGUCAAACACCAGAAAAACUAUUAUACCAAACCGGGUGCAGUAACAGACUCUGUAUUUAAUCUGGCUGAUGCUGUGACUGGGAGUGAGCACACCUCUCUGUCCCAGUGGCAGCUUGUUGAGCACCCCACCAAAGCCCCCCAGAGCUCCACAAAUCCAGACCCAGCAGAGGAGGCCAGAGGGGAGAUCCUGUAUGUCCACCAGCUUGUUCAAAACCUGUCUUCUGCCUUGUCACAUAGAGAUGAUCAGUCCCAUUCGGAGGCCCCUCCAGCGCCUGGAAAACACAGCAAAGAUGAGAUAACGGCUAUCUCAGAAGAAGAUUUGGGGAAGAUGCAAACAAAUUCUGAGGCAACCACAGUGGAACUUUCAACCAUGCAAACACACAGAACAGACAUAAAUGUCACAACAACCAACGCACAAAACACACAAAUGAGCCUUUCCUUCAAAGAGCCAUCCUUCUCAGGUCUCCAGGGGGAGGAGGAGAAAACUACAACCAACUCUGAAUUUCAAAGUUACACUGCUGUGACUUUGUUACCUACUAAAGAUGGGGAUCUAUAUUUGACCACCACUCCAACUAAGAGUGGCACCAUCCCAAUGGAGUCCAAAGUAGACACACCUGUGGGAAUGAUUACUUCAAAAAGCCCAACAUUGAAGGAGCUCACAACCUUGGAGGCGGAGGCCAACAAAGACCCAAACAACCCCUUUGGCAUUCUUGUUCCAAGCUGGGCAUUCAGCCUCAUCCCAUCAGUGGAAAACAACCCCUGCCAGAAUAACCCUUGUCUCCAUGGUGGAAGCUGUCUGCAAGAAGGGGAUAGUUAUAGCUGCUACUGUCCUCAGGGCUUCUCUGGAGAGAACUGCGAGAUCGACAUUGAUGACUGUCAGUCGAACCCCUGCCAGAAUGGAGGGACAUGUAUUGAUGAGAUCAACUCCUUUGUGUGUCUCUGUCUGCCCAGCUACAGUGGAGCUACUUGUGAAAAAGACACAGAGGGUUGUGAGCACUCGUGGAGGAAGUUUCACGGCCACUGCUACAGGUAUUUCAGUCGCAGACACACCUGGGAGGACGCCGAAAAGGACUGCAGAGAGCACAGCGGCCAUCUGGCCAGCAUCCACAGCGAAGCCGAGCAGAAUUUCAUCAGGGGCCUCAGUCAUGACAACACCUGGAUUGGGCUGAACGAUCGCACGGUGGAGGAUGACUUUCAGUGGACCGAUAAGAUGGAUCUGCAACAUGAGAAUUGGCGUGAAAACCAGCCGGACAAUUUCUUUGCUGGAGGAGAGGACUGUGUGGUUAUGAUUGCACAUGAGAACGGCAAAUGGAAUGAUGUGCCCUGCAACUACAACCUACCCUAUGUCUGCAAGAAGGGGACUGUUCUCUGUGGAGCCCCGCCCACAGUGGAAAAUGCCUUCCUGAUUGGUCGAGUGCGUUCACACUAUGACAUCCACUCCAUAGCGCGCUACCAGUGUGCUGACGGCUUCCUCCAGCGCCACGUGCCCACCGCUAAGUGCCGUGCCAACGGCAAAUGGGACCGACCUAAAAUCAUCUGCAUACGAUCCCGGCGAUCCCAUCGCUAUCGGCGCCACCAUCACAACGGCAGAAGGGAUCGCAGAAAGCACAAGCGGCAUGCUCACAGAGAUGGAGGACACCAUGCAGGAGAGCAGGGCCAGCACCACGCCCGCUUCUGAACCAAAAGAAACAACACCACCUUCCCUCUGUCCCCUGUUCCCCCUUUGCCCCCUUAACAGAGGCCCAUGAUUACAGCCCAAAGUUUUUUACCCAUGCCCGUCUGUCCCACCCACAACUGCAUCUCCGGCUCUCAGAGUUGAGCUUUCUCAACCACCAAAGUGCUGCCAGGUGUCACCAGGACUAAAUUCAACCCCUCAGUACUUUUUCGCUCCAAUUUUCAGCUCAAGUUUUGGGUCCCAACUCUUUUCUUGCUCAGCUGCCCCUUUACUUGCUCCAGUUACACUCCCAGCAGGCUCAAAAUGGAGCUGAGCUGACCUGUUUUUGAGAUAAAAAAGUACCUUUGAGACCCACCCUGAGCAUUCUUUGAAGAGAAGACGUUUAGCACUAACUGCAAAUAGGGAUGACAUCACUGAAAACGCCGUAUCAAAGCCAGACGAGUCAAUAAACGUUGACUUGAGCCUUUUGUCUGUUGAACACAGUUAUUUUUUACAAACACUCUUGUUCUUUUUCUCAACUCUGCUGCUCUUGGUUUGUCCUUCGUUUGACAUUGUGCUAGAGUAACGGUAAGUUAAUUGAUUUUUUUAAACUAAAGGUAGUCGUAAUUGAGUUAUUUGAUUGUUAGCGUUGUGUCUUCUUGUGGAUGUAAGACAGUUACUUUAGACCAGAUGGCAAACCCCCAGAGAAAAAUUGUGAAUCUCAUCUCCUCUCAGCUUCAUGACAUCAGUGUGUUGUUGGAAGUGUUGGGUCCUCUGAAGCAGACCUUCCCACCUGUCACUGCCACAGGUUCAUCUGCAUCUUUGAUGUCAGUUUGUCUCAGCUCAGCACUCCCACAUUUCAUUUUUCUUCUCUCUUAACUUGCUGGAAUGUUUGCUGUGAAUUAUUCAGUGAUGCAUCAUAGAGAGCGACUCUAAAAAGAAUCUUUUAUUUAGUUUGGCUGUUGUUUCAUGACAUUGUUUCUGUCUGUGGUCAAAUAAACUGUCCGAGUUCUGUUACCA